GUUCGCAGCUGGGCAGCCGUGCUAGGAAACCCACGACCAGAGAGGGAAAUAUGUGUGAAAAUUCGGUUUUUGACAUGUCUUUACAAGACAGCAAAGCUGCGUAUGUGCUCAGCAAUGUCGCUGAAGUGGUUGAGCGGAUUCUCACCUUCGUACCGACCAAAUCACUUCUACGGAUCGCAAGUGUGUGCAGGCUGUGGAGGAACUGUGCCCGCAGGGUGCUGAGGACUCAGCAGCAGCUGACCUGGGUGUCAGCCAGUGGGUUUUCCAACAGUGAGGUCCAUGCUCUCUGCAGCAUCUUGGCCGAGGAGGUGGAGAAAGUAUUUCUCCUGCCCAAAACCGUUCUAGCAAUGGUAGACUGUGAGACCUUCUGGGGAGCUUAUUGCAACAGGCAAAAUAAAGCAAAGAAGAGUCGCAACAGUCCAGACACUGAAGAAAUAAACCUGCUUUUCCCCAAAGGCUGUGACAUCAUGGGCAUUACUACACCAGGCAUAGUCUUGACUCCCAGUGGCUCUUGCUCCAGCCCUCCCCAGGAGUACCAGGAAGGGGAGGCAGGCUUUGCAAUCAUGUUCCCCAGCAUGGAUGGUGUCCACAUCAAGCCCUUUCAUUUUUGCAAGAAGUCCAUCUCCCCAACAGCACUGAAAGAAGCAGGACUUGUUGACAACCCAGAGCUGCGUGUGGUACUAUUGUUUGUCUAUGAGGCAUAUAAAUCUGGACCUUUCCUCAACCAGAUACUGGAGCCUCUGGCCAAGAGCAAAGCUCUCAUCGCUGGAGGACUGGUAGAAAGUGUCUUUUCUCCUGCCAGACACUGCUGUAGCCAAGGUGCAUACGGCGUGGUGGGCCUGGCCCUGAGUGGCCCUAAGGUGCAGGGGGCAUCUGUGCUCUUGGAACAAGACGUAAGCAACUCAAAGACGGCUGAAGCCAUGAUCCGGAGGCUGAAGGCAGCCAAAAUUCCUGAGAGGAACACCUUAGGGUUCAUGUUCGCUUGUGUGGGGAGAGGCCAGCAUUACUACAACAACCAGUCCAACGUGGAGGCUGACGCCUUCCGCAAGGUGUUCCCUAACACCCCGCUCUUUGGCCUGUUUGGCAACGGUGAAAUCGGCUGCGACCGAAUUGUUAAAGAUGACUACACGCUGUGCGACUCUGACAUUGACGGUCUGCAGCAUGAGUACACGACAGUCAUGACCUUGGUCCACCUAGGUUGACUGAUCCACAAUGACAAUGGCAGGAACAAAGAAGACCCAUCAUGAUCCUCUUUGGAACAGCAGUCAGGAACUACAGAUAUUCUGUGCAGCGUGUUACUCGAAUCACGACUCAGAAUAUUGCUGUCAUUUCUGCUCCUAAAGCAGGAAAAUGAUCCCUUCAGCCAUUAAUAUAAUGGCAAGAUUAGGGAAAUUAUAUCUGUUGGAGCCUGUGUGUAAACACAGAUUUAUAUUAAAACUAGUGCGUCUCACAAAGUAAAGAUAGGACAAUACUGAUCAUCUCUUUUAACAUUCAAUUGUGAUAUAGCGCUCUUGUAAAAUAUGUGUAUAUAUUUUUCCCCAAUUUCCGCACACAUUUAAGGCAUAUCUUACCCCCUGACAUCAACCUUUUGGUCUGGUUGCUUUGCAGAUUAGUAAAUUAUACACACUUGUGUCCCAAGCUAUUGUUAAAGUUGUUGAUUCAGCAAAGGCACUUUUUAUUCAUGUAAGUAAGAGGAGUGAGGUCCUUUUUCCACAGAAUCAAGGCGAUCUUGAUUUAAAUGAUGAAUGGUAAUAUAAUGGUAAUAUAAGUUUUACACUUGAGGUGUUUUUACACUUUUGUCUUACCAUUGUAAAAAAUAAACCUUGUUAGCCUGCAAAUUAAUAACA